AUGCCAAGCAGCAGUGUUACCCAUGUUCCCUUCAUUUUGUGUGACACAAUGGGUCUGGAGGAUGGUGUGAACACUGGUCUGGAUGUAGAUGUUGCCACAAUUUUGAAGGGUCACAUUCAAGACAAGUAUCAGUUUAACCCACUGAUGCCUAUACAGCCAGACUCCCCUCAUUUCCAUAAGUCUCCUGGCUUGAAGGACAAGAUUCACUGUGUGGUGUUUGUGAUUGACAUCAGCAGAGUCAAGCUUCUCUCUGACAAAAUGAUUGAGAAGUUUGUGGUUUUUCGAAAGAAAGCCAACCAGCUAAGUAUUCCUCAGCUGGUUCUGCUGACUAAGGUGGAUGAGGCCUGCCCCUUAGUGGCAGAAGACCUGAAAAAUGUCUACCAGAGCCACUAUAUCAACAAAAUGAUGCAGGAGGUUAGCUCUCAGCUUGGAGUUUCUCUGUCUGCUGUGGUCCCAGUGAAAAACUACUACCAAGAACUGGAAAUAGACUCUCAAACAGACAUUCUGCUUCUAAACGCUGUUGUUCAGAUGCUCAGAGCUGCUGAGGGCUAUUUUGAUGAUUUUUACAAUCCAGAAGAGAGGUCUGAGUAA